UAGAAGGCGGCAAUACAAUUAUAAAAGCCUGAAUCAGCUGUUUGCAAUCGUGUAUUUGCACUUUGCCAGGUUCGGUCCGAAAACCCUAUUCGUCCUCGAAUCAUUUCCUUUUUACUGCAAUGGAGUUCUGGGGCGUUGAGGUCAAGGGUGGGACACCUGUUGAAGUAGACCCAGAUGAGUUUGGUAAAUGCAUACACCUGUCUCAGGCUGCUCUUGGUGAGGCAAAGAAUAAAUCAAGUGAACCUGUGAUCAUUUAUCUGAAGUUUGAUGACCAGAAGCUUGUUUUAGGAACCCUUUCCCCAGAGAAAUUCCCUCAACUAUCUUUUGAUUUGGUUCUAGAGAAAAAGUUUGAGCUCUCUCACAAUUGGAAAAAUGGAAGUGUUUAUUUCUGUGGUUACAAAGCCGAAUUACCAGGGGAGAUGGAUGAGGAACUGACUGACAGUGAAGAUGAUGUGGGUAACCCAGUGCUGACCAGAGAGAAUGCAAAACUUGAUAUAAAGCCUGAAGUAGCAAAGGCUGCUGCAUCUAAAAGUAAUGAUGUUAAGCCUGCCGAUUCAAAAAAGCAAGUCAAGGUUGUGGAUCCAAAGAAAGAUGAAGAUGAAUCAGAUGAUGAAGAGGAUGAUGAUGAAGAUGACGAAGAUGAUGAAGAUGACAGUUCUGAUGAGGAUAUUUUGGGUGGUGAUGUUGAUGGUAGUGACGAGAGUGAGAGUGAUGAAGAUGAUGAUGAAACCCCUCCUAAGAAGGUCGAUCAUGCCAAGAAGAGACCUAAUGAAUCUGCGCUGAAAACUCCUGUUCCUGCGAAGAAAGCAAAAGCUGCUACCCCUCAAAAGACUGAUGGUAAGAAAGGCGGCCAUGUAGCAACUCCUUAUCCACUGAAGAAGGAUGGAAAGACUCCUAAAAGCGACCAAACUCCCAAAUCCGGCGGACAGUUCACCUGCAAAUCCUGUAGCAAGACUUUUAACUCAGAAGGGGGUUUGCAACAACAUUCAAAGGCUAAGCAUGGGGGUCAGUGAUGCUAAGUAUUAUCAGCUGUAAGCUAGGAAUUAGGUGUUACCAUGAGUGCGGUGAGGAAUUAGGUUAUUAUCCUUGCUAUUUUGGUCUCAUAGUAAGCAUUGGCAUUGGUACGUAUGAGGUUUCUAAACUUGUUUGACUGUUGGUUGACAUUAUUGAGCACCUAAAUAUUUAUGUUUAUAAAACUUGAAUUUGAAUUAGUAAUA